GAAGCCCCCAUUGGCCAACCACCAGACCACCCAGCCCGAGUCCAGUCAAAGUGGAAAGCUUCACAGUUCACAGUCUCUCCUUUUCAGUUUUCACCUUUCACCUUCCUUCCUUGCUUGACUUACUGCCAUGGAGGAAUCUCAAUUGGAACUUGAAGAGAAACAAUGGGGACCCACAGUUGCAGACAAAGUGUUUUCACUCUACAAAUCACUUCCCAAGAAAGGGAAGCCUCAAGGACGUGAAGUCACCGUUUUAGCCGCUUUUCUUCUCUCAUCUCCCUCUCAAGAUACGGAAGUGAUUGCAUUAGGCACGGGAACGAAAUGUAUAGGCCGCUCAAAAUUAACCCAUAGUGGUAACAUUGUCAAUGAUUCCCAUGCUGAAAUUAUUGCUCGCAGAGCUUUAUUAAGGUUCUUCUAUGCAGAGAUUCAAUGUCUUAAUGAUAACAAUGGUUUUCAAAACUCGAUUUUCGAAUCGGAAUUGGAUGGUUCCGGAGGAAUAAAGUACAAAAUCCGAGCAGCGUGGAAAUUACAUUUGUACAUAUCUCAAUUACCAUGUGGGGAUGCUUCACUUAGUCUGGUACCGUCUUCUAUCGGUGAGCAUGGAGAUUGUUCAGAACUAAUUGGAUUGGUUCAAAGGAAGCCUGGUCGAGGUGAUACAACAUUGUCAGUUAGCUGUUCUGAUAAGAUAGCUCGUUGGAAUGUUGUUGGUGUUCAAGGGGCUCUGCUUUCAUACUUUCUUCUACCUGUUUACCUGCAUUCUGUUACUGUCGGAAGAUCUCCUUAUGUUUCUGAGGAUGUUUGCUUGGUGAAACAAUUGAAAAGAUCCUUGUUCGAGCGGGUUACACCUUUGUCAAAUGAGCUUAUAAAACCUUUUGAAGUUAACAAGGUUUGUGAAGUUUACAGUUUCUUAAUCCUAUAUAUAGGACAGGGGGAUUUUGAUACUUUAGUGCUGUGUGAGCAGCCGAUAUUUUGUGCGGCACCGGUACCACCAAGGGAGUUUCAACAUUCUGAGACUGCUCAAGCCACCUUAACUUGCGGGUAUUCUAUAUGCUGGAAUAAAUCGGGGCUGCAUGAAGUUAUUCUAGGAACUACCGGACGAAAGCAAGGCACAUCUUCUAAAGGGGCAGUUUAUCCAUCGACGGAAUCAUUGUUGUGCAAGAAGCGAUUUUUGGAAACUUUCGUAUCAUUGAGGCAUGAAUGCAAAAUCAGAUGCUCAUCCAACGAGGUUUCUUAUCGAGAACUCAAGGACAGGGCAGAAGAAUAUAGCUCAGCUUCCAAACUCUUUAAGGGAAGACCUCCUUUUCGGAAUUGGCUAUUGAAACCUGUAAACUUGGAGAAUUUCUCAAUUAUUCGUAACGAGGGCAAUUAUCCCUCCGGCAACUCCGGCAACUCAUGUGACUUUCAAGGGUGAUCGGUUGGUUGAUUGGUUCAAGCUGAUGUUGGGACAAUAGAGUUGGAUAUGGAGGAGAAACACAUGUCCGAUCAAAGCUGUUGGAUGUCUGUAUUUCGCCUUGAAUCUCGGCCGUUGGAUGUCUGUAUUUCCAUCUAUGUUGUCAAUGGAUUUCUUAAAACAUGCUGACCCCUUUAUCAAUGUUUGGUGUUUUUUUAGGUGAAAGUAUCUGAUACAUCCUUUUAUUAGAGGGUUUGAUUUAAAUUAGUCUUUAUAUUAUUAAAUAGAUCAAUUUAGUCCUUGUAUUAGUUAAGUCAAAUUUUAAUAGAGUUAACAUUUAUGGUUUAAAA